CGGGCGGGCCCUUUAGAGCCGGGCCGGGUCGCAGGGCCGCACUCCGGCGGCGGCAGCCCCGGCAGAGAGGCGCGUCCUGCGCGGGCUGGCGGCGGCUCCCGGCCUGGGCUAUGCGCUGAGGUGAUGGUCCCGCCGGCCGGCGCCAGGCUGCUCCCGCGCUCGGGAGGGAGCCCCUUCCUCAGUCUCGUCCUCCUCCUGCUGCUGCUCUGCACCGGCGGAGGGUGCCUGCCGCGCCGACGGCUCGCGGGGCCGCCCGUGGUGCUGGUUCCAGGGGACUUGGGGAAUCAGUUGGAAGCAAAGCUAGAUAAGCCGUCAGUAGUGCACUAUCUCUGCUCUAAGAAGACAGACAGCUAUUUUACGCUCUGGCUGAAUUUAGAAUUGCUUCUGCCAAUCAUCAUUGACUGCUGGAUUGAUAACAUCAGGCUGGUAUAUAAUCGAACAAGUAAGAUUACGGAACCGCCAGAUGGAGUGGAUGUCAGGGUGCCAGGCUUCGGGCAGACGUUUUCCCUGGAGUUCCUUGACCCAAGCAAGAGGAGCGUUGGGAGUUACUUUUAUAUGCUGGUGCAGAGUUUAGUAGAUUGGGGCUACAAACGUGAUGAAGAUGUAAGAGGAGCACCUUACGACUGGCGGAAGGCACCAAAUGAGAAUGGAGACUACUUUGUGGCACUUCGCAAGAUGAUAGAGUUAAUGUAUGAGCAGUAUGGAAGUCCUGUUGUCUUAAUUGCCCACAGUAUGGGUAAUAUGUACACCCUCUACUUCCUCAACCAUCAGACUCAGGAUUGGAAAGACAAGUACAUAAAGGAUUAUGUGUCACUAGGGGCGCCGUGGGGAGGAGUGGCCAAAACUCUCCGUGUGCUGGCUUCAGGUGACAACAAUAGAAUACCUGUGAUCAGCUCACUCAAGAUCAGAGACCAGCAGCGAUCAGCGGUUUCCACGAACUGGCUGCUCCCCUACAACUACACGUGGCCUCCAGACAAGGUCUUUGUGAGCACACCCACGGCCAACUACACUCUUCGGGACUACAGGAAGUUCUACAGGGACAUCGAUUUUGAGGAUGGCUGGUUCAUGAGACAAGACACUGAGCCCCUGCUCUACCAGAUGACACCACCUGGGGUGCGCAUACACUGUCUUUAUGGCACCGGUGUGGAAACACCCGAUUCCUUCCAUUAUGAGAGUUUUCCUGACAAAGAACCCAAGAUCCUUUACAGCGAUGGGGACGGUACGGUAAACUUGCAGAGUGCCUUGCAGUGUCGGAAGUGGGUGGACAGGCAAAAACAGGAAGUGGUUGUAUUUGAGCUUCCAGGAAACGAGCAUAUUCAAAUGCUAUCCAAUGAUACUACUAUCUCCUACGUGAAAAAGCUGCUCUUUGAUUUGUGAUACCUUGUGUUGAGUUAUUUUCCUCACCUCUGAUGCCUUCCCUUAAAUAUGGGAAAAUGCCUUUUAAUCCCUUAAUAUUUAGAUAUUUGAAUUAUUUAUUUUGUGUGGGUUUUUUUAAGGCUGUGUUCAAGAAGUUGUCUGGUGUCCUAAAUGACUUUGUCUCAAUUUGUGCUUCAGAUGCAUCACGGUAUCUUCACAUUCUGCAGAUUUGGUCAAAUAUGCAUUUUGGUGCCUCCAGUGUUGUCCAACAUUCACACAGACUUUCACUGGAGAUCGUGCAGCCCCUUGCACGUACUGCAUAGAAUCAUAGAUACCGAGUUCCUCUGGUGGUCUGAGCAGGGUUUGGGGUGCAGGGCCAGCAAGGAUUGCAGUUUCUGAUGCCCGUAAAACAAGGGAAUACUGUUCAUUUGGGAAACACAGGAAACUUUUUAAAGGGUCUUGCAUAUUCUGAUCCACAGUUCCCAGCACCUCCUUAGUCUGUAAGUGUGCGUAUCUACUAGGUAAGACAGGGAAUGGGUCUGCCUGGUGCUGUACUACCUUUGUCAUACCCGCCCUUUCUUUUGUUACAGCUUUCCUGGGAAAAGAGAUGUGUGAAUUGCUCGAAGCUUAUUAGGGACUUAUUAAAAACAAACAAACAAAAAAAAAACAAACAAAAGAAAAAGGAAAUUUUUUGCUCAUCACCUCCUAGAACCUGGUUACUUGGAACCUGGUCACUUGCCAUCUGGAGGCUGAGGAAUUCUCACCUUGUGCUUUAUUUAUCAAUGAGGGAAAGAGAAACAGCAGUUGGUGCUUACAAGAACUGUAGCUGUGUGGAGCAGCACAUAAAUUAAAGUUAAUUGAAUUGAAUACUGGCAAACAAUCCAUACUGUGCAGAACUGCAUGUCUGAGUCAAAUUAUCUCCUGUAGUCGAAAUUAUAAUGGAUGGGAGAGCAUUAAUUCAAAAGCAAAGUGAACUUCCUGAAAUGGGGUGGGAAUGAAAGCCAGCAUAAUACAGUAUGGAGUAUAAAUCUUGGUCUCAGUCAAAUGCUUGGGCAUUGGAUCAAUAUUGCAUUCAGCUGAAAAGAAACUUUACAUUAAGACUUCCCACAGAUAGAAGUUUCAUUAUUGCUGUUUCAAGAAGUUGGGAUAUGCUGUUCCUUAAAUGCUUAUCUACAUUGUUGAACAUGCAGCUCCUAUUUCCUACAGUAUGGUUUUACUCAAAAACUCAACUCUGAAUGCCACAGAAAUGAGAGCCUGGAAGCCAGCAUGCUUACGGACUUGAUCACACAAGUGCUGUUGGAGGAAGUUUCACUUGAAGAUUCUCUUUUGCUUGCUUUAGAACCAGUCACCCAGUUAGACUGUGCUUAGCUUUCUGGAAACACCAUUCUGAAUGCUUUGAACAUGCCAGGUCCUCCAAGAAAAAUGGUUUAGGGGGUUGAGAAACUCAUCAGAACUAUUGACGAUCCAUUAGUUAAGAAACUUAAGUUGUCUAAGGGGUCAAGUUUUUAACCAUUUUGGUAGUGUGCAUGAGAUGCUUGCUGCCAGUAUAUGUAUGAAGAUGUGUUGAAAUGACAGGUUCAAACUCUUGUUGGAGUAGAAUGCAAACAUUUUUGGCACAGGAGAUAGGUUUAAGGCUUCAAGUUUUAAAUCAGAAAUGACUUGUAAAUCCAGAACAACUUGAACUAAGGUCAUGGAUAAGCUAAAUAUUUUCCUAGGUUUUAACUUCCUUAUGAAGCUUCAUUUCCCCUGCAUUUUCCCUGUUACAUUUGUUGAAUGAGGGACAGGUUCCUGAUUUUUAAGACUGUUUAUCUUGUCAUCAGUUGCCCAGGAGUUCAGCAGCAAUAGUGUCUGGACUUUUCCACAGUCUGGAGUUGCCCCAGGCCAUUUGUAAUUGGUACUUGUUGAAAGGAAAACAAAACCCAAACAGAUCUCCACAAAGUCCUUUGGCCAAGCCUUCUCUUCCAUGCAGGGCUGUCAGCUGGGUAACUGCAGGCGUGUGUUCCAAGACUGCUCAGAGAUAAAGCUCUUCCUGCGCUCUGACUCACGUUUUGAAUAAAUUGCUAUGUUACUGGUUUACUACAGAAAACAGCUUAGCGCAAUUUCUUUCUUGCUGGAGUAAACGCGUGUUACAGGCGCUGGAAUGAGAGGAGCUGCAGGCUGUACUGCAGGCUGCCAACACGGGCGUCAGGGCUGAGGAAAGGAGGAAAGAACACAGGCGGCUGGUUCUUAGCCUGAUGUGGAGAAUGUUUCUAAGCUUCCUUUAUAUCUUGGUCCAUCAAACAGCUGCGUUUUCAGUCUCAUACUGAGAGUUUAGCUUCAGGGUUUGUUGUGAUUGGGUUCUGAAAUACAUGAUUCCAAAAGAUGCUCACUCUUAAGCUUUUCUCCCCCACCCCUCCCCACCCCCUUUUUGUGCCUCAAAAGAAAAAUCUUAUUUUUUCUGAUGUUGGUAACCUAGUACUGUUUGAGAUCAGUUAACUGUCUUUUAACCUCAAGACUUGUAAAUCAUCUUUCCAUUAGUAGACAAGCCCUAGAACGUGUCUCUCUGAGCUUGCGCUAGUUACCCUGCUAAAAUAGGCUGGAAGUUUUUCAGGGCUUCUUGUUUAUGGUGUUUGUCACUAUAAAGGCUUGCUGUGCGAGAAUGUGUGUACCUGCCUAAGUACAGGUUAGAGCAAGCACACUGCUGCUGCUGUGGUUUCGAUUGGAAGUGAUGGGUUCUGAAGACUAUAGUUCUGUCUCCAGUACUUGUGAUUGUUCUACCAAAUCAUCUGCAGCCCUUUCACUUUCAGUUUCUUGCAUAUUAGGAUGGAGUUCUCAUUGCAAAGUGAGUGCACCAAGUAAACUACUUUAUUCUAGUCAUUGAAAGUGACCCGCUUCACUCAGCAUGUUGAGCGGUGCUUACUCAGCAGGGCAUGUUCCUCCACAAGGCCCGAGUAUGUGUUAGCAUUACUGUUCCAGGCCUGCCAGAGCCAUGUGCACCUGAGCAUUCUAGAUCCUUCUGUGGAGAGAGAGGUCUGAAGGAAUAAAGAUUUAAGGAGAGGAGAAUGUGGUACUUCCUUACGAGGAGCAACUCGGGUGCUCUGCCAUACUGCACAGUUUGAAUGUUUGAACUUACUGACAUAUCUUUGUUAUACAUAUAUCGCUUGUCUCUCCAUAAUUUUUACUUGGUUUUAUUCUUCCAGAGUGUUUUCAGAAACCAAAAACAGUCUUGAGGACCAAAUGUUUCAUAUUUUUGACAAAAUACCUAGAAAAUGCUGAAGAAGCUUUCAGCUGUCAUUAUAAUACUUCUGAAGAGGUUCAGAGUCACUAUGUGAUUCUGUUUAAAAACAGAAGGCUUCACUAACUAGCAAUAAUUGCAAAGGACUUGCAGACCAAAGGGAGGAAUGUUUGGUAUUAAGGUAGUUCUUGGAGCACAGUGUGUUCAAGGCCCUCUUAAAUUCAGGGACUGUUUGGCAAUGACUUUGCUGCUUUACACUUAACAGUAUUUUGUACAGAACAUGUUCUGAGACCUAGCAUUUUAUAUGCUCUUUGUGUAUGAAUGUGUUCAACAGACUGAAUAUUUUAUUGUCAAACUUUGCUAAUGUAAUAAAGUUGAUCUAACACA